AUGUACACCUUGAAAUCCUCUAACCAUAAAAGAUGUCUUUUUUUACGACAGUUUUCUGCUUUCAAAAUAUCGGUGUUUCAGUAUGCCAGCAUCUUUUUACAAAAGAGACCUCACCAACUGAACUUUGGUUCGCGCAUACAGGCCAUACAUGAAAAAAAAGCAUUUGACAUCGCAGUUGCCCAAACAGGCUCUUCAAUUAAGGAAGCACUCGACUCACUUCGUGUAGACAUUGAGGUUUACACAGAGAGAAUCUGUGUUUCUGAGGAUGUUGGGCGUUUACUAGUUCUUGUUUAUGUACACUCACGUCUUCAAUUUCUGUCGGGAGACUUAAGAAAGUUUAUGGCGAUCAAAGCAAUGAUAACUAGUCAUUCAAAGUCGUUUGAACUUUUUUUAACACUUUUCAGUCUGUCCACACCAAAUAUUAAUGAUCAAUAUACAAAUUGGUCGCUCAGUAAUCUCAGAGCUGUCAUGACGUUCUUGGAAAAUACCCCGGAACAGCCACUUCCCAAGCUCCUCGAUUUUUUUCUGGUCGUAGAACUAUGA